GUUCACGACAAAAGAGUGAACGACUCAACACGGAGGUGACGGAUAACGUAACAUCAGCCAAAUAUAUAACGUUAGCAAGUGCUCUAAAAAAGUAAUAAACUAGUGGUUAUAUUUGCUCAAUUGCGCUCAAAGAUAUCAUUCAUUUUUAACACAUAACAUUUUAUAUGAAAUAUGGCAAAGACUUAUGAUUAUUUGUUUAAAUUAUUGUUAAUUGGUGAUUCGGGUGUAGGGAAAACAUGUGUUUUAUUUCGAUUUUCUGAAAAUUCUUUCAAUACAUCAUUUAUUUCGACAAUAGGUAUUGACUUCAAAAUAAGGACUAUUGAAUUGGAUGGAAAAAAAAUUAAACUACAAAUAUGGGAUACAGCCGGUCAGGAACGUUUUCGUACAAUAACAACAGCAUACUAUCGUGGUGCAAUGGGUAUUAUGUUGGCAUAUGAUAUAACAAAUGAGAAAAGUUUUGAAAAUAUCAAAAAUUGGAUACGAAAUAUUGAAGAGAAUGCAUCCGCCGAUGUAGAGAAAAUGUUAUUGGGCAAUAAAUGUGAAUUGAAUGAUAAACGACAAGUGACGAAAGAACGUGGUGAACAACUUGCCAUUGAAUAUGGUAUCAAAUUUAUUGAAACAAGUGCUAAAGCUAGUAUUAAUGUAGAAGAGGCAUUCUUUACGUUAGCUAGGGACAUUAAAGCUAAAAUGGAAAAGAAAUUGAAGGAGGCCAGUAAUCCCCCAAAAGGUGGACAUCAAUUGAAAGCAUCUGAACCACAAAGAAAGCCACCGAGUUGGUUAUCACGAUGCACUUUACUUUGACCGUCUAUUAGUUAUAUUGUGAAUUAUUAAUAUUGUAUACCUUUUAAUAGGAUAUGAUGAUCAAACAUGACGAAAAUGAAGAAAUAAAAUAAGUAAAAAAUAACUGUGACAAUGAUAUAAAUAAUUAUAAUAAUAAUAAUAAUAAUAUGUAAUCAAUGAAUUGAUAUUACAUAUUAUUAGAAUUCGUCAUUUUGAUAAGAAUGCAAAGCACAGACUUGAAAGUAUAAUUUAAAUUUAAUAAACAAUUUUGAUACUCGGUUAUAUA